UGAUUUCACUUAUCUGUCUGGAAGCAGAGUGACGGACUAAUAAUCACCCUUUUCCUGUAAUUAUCUCUUCUUCCUGUCCUUCCUUCUCACUUUCUCUGCCCCUCUCUCCCUCUCCCUGUUCUAUGGUUUAUAUUCAUUUCUGUGUAUUCCGCGAUUCUUCGCGUGAGACUGUGCAGAUGUCGAGACACCUACAUAAAAAGCCAGGGCUCCGACGGGCCGAGUGGAAAGACGCGAAAGGUGCUCUCAGGCUCGAAAGAAAGAACGGAAAAAAACGAACGCAUUCACAAAAAAACGACACUAUUACUUAAUCAGGGGACGGGAGAACGCUUUAGACGCUCGGCCCGUCUGCUUCUGCGAUUAGGGAGCGAUCCUUCGGGGUCCGCCGAGAUCUCAUUUAUAACGGCUCCGUCUCUGUUCUGUCCGUUCCUCUUUUUUUCUCUCCGUCUCCGAGUUUUCAUGGCUCCCUGGUUAGCGGCCGCGGCGCACUCUGGGAAGAGUUUGGGACAGGAAGGCAUUCUUCUAGGAUAUGCGUCCCGCGGGAGUCGUAACGGAGAUAUCGAAAAGAAUUAGCGAAGAGAAAAAUAAGGUAUAAAUGCUGGAGGUUAAACCGACGUUCCGUGUCAGUUCACCACCAACUUAGUGCUGGGACACACAGACGCUCGCAUCAUCGUCAUCACCAUGGGCAGAGUUAUCUUCUAUGAGGAUAGAAACUUCCAGGGCCGCUCGUAUGAGUGCAGCGGGGACUGCUCGGAUAUGUCCACCUACCUGAGCCGCUGCCACUCAUUCAGGGUGGAGAGCGGUUGCUGGAUGGCGUACGAUCAUUCCAACUACAUGGGCAACCAGUACUUCAUGAAGAGAGGCGAGUACCCCGACUACAUGGGCAUGUGGAACUGGGGCAACAACUGGAUCAGAUCCUGUCGCAUGAUCCCCAUGUACCGAGGAGCGUACAGGAUGAAGGUCUACGAGAAGGACAACUUCAUGGGUCAGAUGAUGGAGGCCACGGACGACUGCGAUUCCUUCACUGAUCGCUACCACUGGUCUAGCGGCUGCAUGUCGUGCCACGUGAUGGACGGCCACUGGCUCAUGUACGAGCAUCCGCACUACAGAGGCAGGAUGUGGUACUUCGGCCCUGGAGAGUACCGCAACUUCAGGGAUUAUGGCGGCAUGAGGUUCAUGAGCAUGAGGCGUAUCAUGGACUCGUGGUAUUGAGAUAAUAACGAUGAGUUGA